AUGGGAGAGAUAGUCGUGAACAAAAUCGUAGCUGGUAUGAUUGACAAGUAUGAGCGGAAAUCAAGUGCAGAGGAGCAAAUGGAGAGGCUGGAGAUGGCGCAAAUCAAGUUGGAGAUUGCACUUGAGACCUCCAAAAAGUGGCAGAUCACUAGUGGACCGUUGCUACGUUGGCAGAAGAAGCUGAAGCGUGUAGCUGAAGAGUGUGACGACACACUAGGCAAGUUCAGACAGCGUGUGGCUGAAGAACAGGAGGCUGAACAAGUAGCAGUGGAUUCCUUCUUUCCCAGGAGAAUUGCCCGUGCCACCAAGUCACUGAUAGCAUCCAUGUUUCAUGGCAAUAUCGACGAGACGACUAGAUCUUCUGUUCGAAGAUUUGAGUGGUUUGCAGAUGGAGCUAGUGACUUUCUGAGAUCAGUGGAGUCUGGAGGGACGCCACGUUGUUACUUGUUCUUCGACCCUCUCAUUGGGCACCUUCUUGCAGGUGAAAUGCUAGAGUACAAAUUGGUUCAGGGAAAAACGCAGCACUUGUUUUGGAUACGGCCCAAUAACAUUGCAGAGAGAGGAGUAGAAGCUAUGGUGUUCUUUGUUUACAAUGAUGGUGCUGCACCUGAGGACAACUUUUUCUUUGGUAUGAUACUGCAACUUUCAGAGAGUACAAACAUAGUUGGCACCAUAGUCAAGUGCUUGCAGCUGUUUGCUCCUCAUUUCGAGUCUAUAACUGAAACUGUUAGGAAAGAACUUACUUUGCUGCCUACACAAGACUUCUCCUGGGUACCACAUUCUCGUCUAUACCAUUGGGACAACCUUCACAACCUAGCUACUGAAUGGUUCCGCCCAAACCCACAUUGCUGCAACGUAUGUGGCAGUGACAGCAUGGACAGAAUAGAAUUAUCAGACUUUUCUCUAGCACCAGUUAUUGAAGUGAAUUUGCAGUGCCAUAUUUCACUUCCUGGGUUCAGAGAACGGGGAACAGGUGUCGAGUGUAAAUCUUCUCUUAAAGAAUAUCCACUUCUGAAUGUUCUCCUUACCUACACACCCCAUGGCUCUUCAGAAGACCUAUUCCCAGCAGUCGAGAAUUCUGUGAUAGAAGUGAUUAAUGCUAAUGACCAACAUUGCCUGCAUACAAAUAUUGGCUUGCAACAAUUGGAAGAAAUCAUGUUGCCCAGGGCUGUAGACUGUUUUCGUCAGAACACAAAAGCGACAGUGUAUCAGAUGCUUUGGAAACCUAAGCAUGGCGUUGCGUACCUUCAUGCUGUGAAGACGAACAUGAACAUGGUGAGCACACGGAAAGCCAUUGAAGGAGCUAGGAAAUCAAAGCCGUUGCGACGCCAGGAUGGCAAGAGGCGUCAUCGCACAGAUGGAAUCUCUGAAUUCCUCAGCCUUUGGGCCGCGCAUGCACCUGUCCAGCUUCAGGGCUCGAUCCUCAAUUGGAUUCAGAAAGAGAAGGAAGUGCAGUUAGCAGCUCCUAUGCUGCGUCUGAAAUUUUAGAUCAUAUAAAAGGGACUGGUAGGGAAACGGGGAUGAUUAAACGAAUGGAAGUGUAUUAUUUUAGCUGAGAAAAGUGACUUGUAGGGAAUUUAUUUCUAAGUUGUUCAGAGUUUGUUGAUAUGAAAUGUGUGCUACAUAUAAUGCUGUUGUUGAUC